AUGGAUGACAUUCACUAUUCGCAUGACUGGUUCAAACUCAAACACACCGUCUACUUUCAAUGCAAGGGAGAGAACAAAACUGUUCUUCCUGAUGUAACCAAAUCAGGCAUCUUGUACACUUUUCGAGGUCAAGAGUCAUGGCAGGCUCGUCCCAAUUCUCUUUUUACAUCCCCGAUGACUGAGAUCAGUGGGGAGAAGUGUAAGCGAUGCGGAAUCUAUGAGCAAGGCAGCCUCAUAUCAGACAAAGAGUUUGAUGAAUGGGAGCUUUGUCCUUCUGACUUCUCUGCUAGCCAAAUCUACAUGCACUCUAAGGAUAAGGAGAUCAAUGCUACUUUUGUCUGCCACGGUUGUGCCAAGCUCGAAUCCGUAUCUGCUGAAGCAAAGACGGGUUCUAGUUCAAAAGAGGAAGGAGAUAAUGGUGCAACAGUUGCGAUAGCGGUUGUGGCAGGGGUCUUGUGUGCAACUCUUGUUGUGGUUGGAGGCGUUUUUAUGUUUAAGCACUCUAAGAGGAUGAAGCUGCAGCGAGAUCAGGCUCGGUUUAUGAAGCUAUUUGAGGAAAGUGAUGAACCUGAAGACGAACUUGGACUUGAACCUGUGAUAUGA